AUGGGGCGCGUCGCUGACAUCAACUGGAGUGGCAAUCCAGUGCAUUUCUUGGGUGACUUUUCUACGGUUGGGAGCCUACGGGGUGAGUUGACACCGGAAGAACUAGAACACCUUUUCGAAGCCCUCAUACCCGAGGAUGUGGUCCUUGCGCUCCGUGGCAACGUACUGACAGGGCCUAAUGCCAUCCCAGCAUCCCUCGUGUGGGGGAUGGUGAUAUGUGGGGGCAGAACCGUCACAACAGAGGCUGCCAAAACCACAGGGGACCCGCAGACAUUGGGGGCUCAGCUACAGGUUGAGGAAACUAGGGGAGAAGUGGAUGAGGCGAGGCGUCAGCCAGGCAACCUCUGCGAAUGGGGAGCAGGAGGAGCGGACAAGUCCAACAACCCUGGUGACGAGGCUGCUGUGGCGCCAUGGUGGCGAGAAGCCCGGAGGCAGGCGGACCUUAACAAAGACGCUAUAUUGUGUAGAGUGGGCACAACUGCUGAUCUAAGAGUGGACGAGGCCGGGAGCCAAGCCGAGCUGCUCUUGGACACGAGGGCGUCUCGGAGUUUCAUUAAUCCGCAAACAGUUGAACUUUUACAGCUGAAGACGCGCCGUCCUUCAGAAGAGGGCAUGUUAACGGUGGGCAAUUGCGAACAGAUGCGGAUUGAUCAUGCUUUCAUGCUAUCGAAGACGGUGUGCGAACGGGAGUGUUCCACAGGAGAUUUGUAG